UAAGAUUGAAUGCUGACUCUGUAACCGUUGAUGGACAGCCCACUCGCGGCAUUUCGCGUGUCUGUCAGUGUCGUCUUGUGCUACUGAAACAACCCAGAAACCAAACUCAACCAAAGCUCACUUCUCGAACUGGAUCUGCGAAUCUUGGAAUCCGGGUUUUCCAUUUCCACUCUUUUUCUUUCGCUCUGUUCGAUUUCCUUUCAGGUACGGCUCUCUUUUUUUAUUUUUUAUUUUUAUUUUUUCCUUCCCGUUUGGUUGCAGAGAAAACGCAGGAAAUUUAAACUUUUUUAUAAAACAAAAGUUUGCGUUAUUUUAUUUUAUUUUAUAUUUUUCCUUUUUUAUUUUAUUUUCUACGCAGUACACUAGGGUAGUCUCAGUUUACUUUGAUUUUUCUAUUCUCUGGUUCAAUCGGGACCUUCGUGAUUUUCGGUUUCUUCCUUUGCAUUGCAUUUGCUCAGCGGCCAAACAGAAGGGUAUCAUUCAACACCUCGAAUAACGAAAUUGUAAUGUGGAAGCGUGGAAACAAAUCAAAGACUUGGAAGCGUCAGCUCCCAAUUCUUAUCACAUCUUUUAUUUUUGUUGUUUUCCUUCUAGUAUUUCUAUUUUCCAACAAUACUCAAGAAACCAGUGUAUCAUUUGGACUUCCAAAGCAAAAAUGGAAUAGCUUUGAGCCAUUUGUUCAAACUCAUCCAACCGUAGAGUUCCGAAAUGGUACAAACAUAAUAUGGCAAAUACCUGAUUCUCCUAAAGCUGUUCUCUUCCUGGCUCAUGGAUGCAAUGGCCAAGCUAUUAAUUUUUGGGACAAGUCUCCUCGCUGUCCUAAUUGUGUUGGCUUGCCAGAAGAAAGACUAAUUGUCCUUCAUGCUCUUGCGCGGAAAUUUGCUGUUCUUACCAUAUCAAGUGCAGGAAGGUGCUGGACAUUUGGGGAGGAGAUGAAAAUUGUCAAAAAUAUUAUAAGCUGGUGGGUUCAGAAAAACAAGCUUGAACAUCUAAAUCUUGUGGCUUUGGGGGCCUCUUCUGGUGGUUAUUUUGUUUCUGUGCUUGCAUCGGUAUUGAAGUUCUCUAGUAUUACGCUGAUGAUUGCAGAGGGGAUGUUUGAUCAAAUGGAUGUAAAGGAGAACUAUCCACCCACCCUUUUUGUGCAUAUGCCAAAAGAUGUUUACAGGCAGCGAAAGAUAGAUGAAAACAUGGAAGUUUUAAGGAAUAAAGGAGUUGAUGUUGCAGAGAUUGAAUGCAUGGAAUUCCCCUUGUCACCAAAUUUUUUGGCUGAUAGAAUCCCAGGCAUUGAACAGUCUGUUUCGGCUAAGUUGUUUGAACUGUUCCAGCAUAAGGGCUUCAUCGAUGAAAAUGGAUAUAUGAAGAAUGAUGGGCGAAAAACACGCUGGAAAUCAGCUUUAAGAGAGAAUAAAAUUGUUUUGCCAGAUGAACGUUUAGCUAAUCACAUUCAAGAGGAAUUAAAUCUUGCAUAUGCAUACCAUGAAAUGACUAGCUUGCAUUCAGAUCAGAUCUUUAAGUGGUUUGAAUCUCAUAUGAGCUGACAGAUCGAGUGUCACAUUUUACCUUCUUCUGCCUCAAAACAGGUCUGUUAACUGGCAAUAAAUUGAAUUGUACAGCUUAUUACUUACUUUUACUUGAAGUAUCCUUAUUUUGGGCAGGAAUAUAGAACUUGUACUGUUCAAUUGAGCCAUUCAAUCGAUGAGAAAUCAACCGGUUCACUUGAAAUAAAGGCUAUGCUUAUUCUUUGUAGACCUUGAAGCCAAGAAGGCUGGCAUAGCUGAACAGUUUGCGAUGAAGGAAUAUACAGUGUUAGGUAAACUUAGUUUUCAUUCAAGGAAAAAAGAUUUUUGAGUUGUAUAUAUUUUCCAUUUUGACAAUAUGUAGAGUAUUUUCUGUUUUCAUUAUAAGAUAUUUGAAUGUUUGCUUUGGGUUUUAGACAUGUUAUUCAAAUAUACAAAUCAAUAUAGUGUUUUACUUGAUCU